UAAUCCCCCGCGUCGAAGUCUCAUAUGUAGAGGCCGAGCCAUCCCCAGAGCCAGGGGCACCUCCACUCGCCGCUCCGACCCAUCAUGUUCCGCAGUUCAGGAGCAAGAAUGCCGUCCAUUGGCACGGGUAGCGUCGACCUGCGAUCCAUCUUGGGGAGCAUUCUGAAUGUGGUCAAGAGCCGAGCCAAUCAGAUCUGCGCCGCCACCUGUGAUGGCCUCGUCCUCAGAAUGCACUACAGGUGGACCUUCUGCAUCAUGCUCGGAGGGUUUCUCACCGUCUGGUACUCGUGGUAUUAUCGUGACGUCAUAACCUGCGUGUCACACUUCAACGCCGAAACGCAAGUCCGACUCGACUACAUCAACAUCUGCCUCUCGUAUCCCUACGUGCAGGAGGAGGAGGGGGCGAGGCGCUACCUGCUCUUCUACCGGUGGAUCUCGUGGUCGCUGCUGGUGCUCGCCGGCGUCUACUACAUCCCGCGGAAGGUCUCCAAGAGCUUCGACAACGCCCGCUGCAAGAAGCUGCUCGAGGACCUCGCUGCCAACGCCCACCGGUAUGACCAGGCGGAGCGCGAACUCGUCGAGAGGGCCGCCCGGUACAUCCUGUUCAAUCUCAAGACGCACAACGGCCUCUACUGGAAGUUCUUCUCGGUGAACCUACUGGCGCUCGUGGUCGACGUGUUCGCCAUGCAGUACCUGGACUUCAUCCUGCAGGGCCGCUUCAUCCAGUACGGCUUCAGGGCCUAUCCGUUCGACAGAGAUCCGCAGCGCUUCACCGACUACAUGUCCCAGACGUUCCCGCCGUUCGCGCUGUGCGAGCUCUCCACCGAAAACCAGCUGGUGAACAAGCGGACGGAGGUUUUCGGUUGCCACCUCACCAUCAUGGAGCUCUACGAGAAGCUUUUCCUCGGACUGUGGCUGUGGCUCAUCAUCCUGGCCUUCGUCACCUGCUGCUACAUCAUUUUCCUGUUCGCCAUGUGGCUGCCGUGCAUGCGCGUGUACCUGCUGCGUCCGUGCGAUGGUGGUCAAGGUCUGCAAGAACUGCAAGAUCGGAGACAUUUACCUACUGUACAGGAUCAAAGGCCACCUCAGCCACGCCCGCUUCUACGAGCUCAUGACGCGGCUGUCGGACCCCAACCUCUUCAACAAGCAGGUGGUGGGCAACCCGGCCUCGGCGGCGCCCGACGCCAAGGACAAGGUGCCGCCCAACAAGCAGCCGGACACGCUCAGGAACCGCCGUCCCAACGUGCCGCAGGACCCGCCCAUCAACCCCGACUACCUCCACCAGCUGCUCACCAACCCGGAGAUGAUGUCUCGGAACCCGCAGCAUCCCGACCAACGGACGCCGCUGCUCAAGAAAAACACCAGCAUCUUAAUUGAAUAGUCAGUCGCGUAGUCUUAGAGCUACACUCGAGAUUCCUAAUUCUUUAAGCUGCCAUAGGACGAGGUGCUGCCCGAGGUUGGUCUUCGCUUCUGGCCUAGGACUCUUCUAUCCCUCAACCCGAGACGCCCAUGAACAGCCCCACCGAGACAAGCUCCUUCAAGGCCGCGAAGAGGCUUCAUCUUGGAGAAUCUGAAGCCAGGGAACGAUCGAGCUAAGGCUUGGCACUAAUGGGCCGGCGGGGCUUGUCUCCUCGUCGGUGCGUCGAACAAAGCUCUUGAAAAAUUUCUAAACGGUCACCCUUGACCAUAAAACGGACGCUUCACCGCCCGGGCGACGCGGCGUCCUCGACCGCCUCACGCGGCGCUUAGGGUCCCUCGCAAGCCCUGGGGGCUCCGCACGACUCCGAGGGCGUACCGGUGGAGGACGACGACGUAUGUCGCCUCGUCUUGACAAAUGUCGUCGCUGGCCUAACCCUGGCGCAUGGCGGACGGCGAAGGGGCGGCCCUCGCUCGAGACGCACAGAAGACGUACAAACUCGGUUGAAAAGGUGAAGAGAGAACAAACCAGUGGUUACACGGACGAGAACAAAAAGUGCCUUAGCUGAAUUCUGUGUCAAUUCCAUUACUAUUUUUUUCUUCUUUUUUAUGGCUGUUAGUGUUGAACUGUUAUCACCGUAGUUUUUAAUAACGUUUAUUUAUUACAAGUGACUGAACCAGAGGUGCUAGAGUCAGCGUGAAGUGAUUUACAGGAAAAAAAAGGAAAAUGAAAAUAGUGUGCAGUGCGGCCUCUCUCCUCAAGGGCCCGUGACGCACGUUCCCAGGCAUUAGCAUCAACGGCUCUUCGUCGCCGUCGACAGCUCUUCCAUUCUCCAUUUUUAUAUAUUGAUAUACACUCCCAUUUUUAUAUAUGUAUGUAUAAACUAAUGGAUUCUUCAAUGAUGGUGGAAAGUUGAGAGGGCCGAUGGCGCUCUCCGAGUUUCUUUUGCUCAGACCAUUAUUAUUAUUAUUUUUUAACUGUAUCACCGAAAGGAUUCAUUUUAAUGUUAAAAGACGCAGGCUCGCCUAUCAUCUUUCUUCGCUUUCUUGAGACGGAAAAGGGAUAAGACGGAAAUAUCAAGAAAGCGACGAAGAAAAGAUGAAGAAAGGGAAGGAGAGAGAGACGAAAGGGACACCUCCCAGGAAGAAGGAAGGCAGACACUGUACCAUUUAGAAAGUAUUUUCCUUUUUCUUUAUCUCCUAAAUUCUAUUUUUAUCGUGACGUUUCAUAUAUUUGGUGUUAUCAUUAGGCUCGUUUUCCCAACGACAAAGCAGACAGAUUUACUGAGACUGAAAGGCGUCCCAAGUCUGGAUCCAAAAUUUUUGUUUAACCCCCCCCCCACUCCCGCCAAAAAGAGAGAAGUAAUCGUUUCCCUAAAACUUUAUUCACUUUUUCAUUCCACUCUUCAUUAUAUUACAACUGUGAUAUUUCUCUAGGAUUAAGAAAUCUCCUUUUUUUAUACGCAACUUGGGGGGAAAAGAGAUGUAAUUAUUUCUUUCAAUUUUUUGAAUUUUUCCCCCGCGGUUGCUGCCAUAUGUUAAAUAAAUGAGUGCAUGCAUGUUAGUAUUUUUUCUCUGCUCAUUUUUUUCCUCUUUUUUUUUGGAUUUUAAGCGUUGUUUUUUUCCUCCCGUGUUCUUUGUACGAUCCUUUGAAUAAUAUGACAUUUUGA